AUGUCUCAGAUGGAUGGAGAAGAACUACGAGUGGAGCUUUCAGAGUUUGAAAAAAACAAGGCAUCGAGUUCCAGGAGCAGCUCUUCAAGAAAUGAGCCCGAGGUUGAAGCAGAGUAUGCUCUGCAAUGGGCUGAAUUCCAAAGAUUACCAACUUAUAAACGGCUGAGAUCGUCUCUGGUUGAUGAAGAAGGAGAUGAUGUAGAGAAAGAGAAAAAGGUCGUUGAUGUCACCAAGCUUGGAGCCACAGAACGUCAUGUCAUGAUUGAGAAGUUGAUCAAACACAUUGAGAAUGAUAAUCUCAAGCUGCUCAAGAAAAUCAGAACAAGAAUGGACAGGGUCGGUGUGGAGUUUCCGAGCAUAGAAGUGAGGUAUGAGCAUUUAGGUGUUGAAGCAAAGUGUGAGGUCGUUGAAGGGAAGGCGCUUCCAACUUUAUGGAACUCCUUGAAGCGCCGUUUCGUAGAAUUGGUGAAGCUGAGUGGUGUAAGAACAAGAGAAGCCAAGAUAAACAUACUUAGCGAUGUUAGUGGCAUCAUUAAGCCCGGAAGGUUAACAUUGUUGCUUGGUCCUCCUGGAUGUGGAAAAUCUACUCUGCUUAAGGCCUUGUCUGGAAAUUUGGACAAAGAUCUAAAGCUUUCUGGUGAAAUAUCAUACAAUGGACAUGGAACGACUGAGUUUGUCCCUCAGAAAACAUCGGCCUAUAUAAGUCAGCACGAUCUGCACAUAGCAGAGAUGACAGUGAGAGAGACAAUAGACUUCUCAGCUCGCUGUCAAGGUGUUGGUAGCCGAACAGAUAUUAUGAUGGAGGUCAGCAAAAGAGAAAAGGAUGGUGGAAUCACUCCUGACCCAGAAGUAGAUGCUUACAUGAAGGCAAUAUCGGUUAAAGGACUUAAAAGAAGUCUGCAAACAGACUACAUCUUGAAGAUCCUAGGGCUUGACAUUUGUGCAGAAACAUUGACUGGAAAUGCAAUGAGAAGAGGCAUAUCUGGGGGACAAAAGAAGCGUCUUACCACAGCUGAGAUGAUCGUUGGUCCAACAAAGGCUCUGUUCAUGGAUGAAAUAACAAACGGCUUAGACAGUUCCACGGCGUUUCAGAUUGUCAAGUCUCUUCAGCAGCUGGCUCAUAUCACCAAUGCAACUGUGUUUGCUUCCCUUCUCCAACCUGCUCCUGAAUCAUAUGACCUCUUCGACGAUAUUGUCCUGAUGGCUCAAGGAAAGAUUGUGUAUCACGGUCCACGCGAAGAGGUCUUGAAAUUUUUUGAGGAAUGUGGGUUUAGAUGCCCUGAAAGGAAAGGUGUUGCAGACUUUCUCCAGGAGGUUAUAUCUAGAAAGGACCAAGGACAGUACUGGCUUCACCAGGACUUACCUCAUAGCUUUUUCUCAGCUGACACAAUGUCCAAGAGAUUCAAGGACUUAGAGAUUGGUAGAAAGAUUGAGGAAGCUCUCUCUAAGCCAUAUGAUAAAUCAAAAACACACAAGGAUGCUCUGUUCUUCAAUGAGUACUCUCUUCCAAAAUGGGAGCUGUUCAGAGCAUGCAUCUCAAGAGAGUUUCUUCUCAUGAAGAGAAACUAUUUCGUCUACCUCUUCAAGACGUGUCAGCUUGUUCUUGCUGCGAUUUUCACUAUGACUGUGUUUAUUCGAACACGGAUGGGGAUAGAUUUCAUUCAUGGAAACUCUUACAUGAGUUGUCUCUUUUUCGCCACUGUCGUACUUCUUGUUGAUGGUCUUCCAGAGCUGACUAUGACUGUUCAACGCCUUUCCGUGUUCUACAAGCAAAAGCAGCUCUGUUUUUACCCAGCUUGGGCUUACGCAAUCCCUGCAACAGUGUUGAAAGUCCCUCUCUCUUUCUUUGAAUCUCUUGUUUGGACUUGCCUCACUUACUAUGUCAUCGGAUACACUCCUGAAGUUUCACGAUUCUUCCGGCACUUCAUUAUGCUCUUUGCUGUUCACUUCACAUCGAUUUCCAUGUUCCGGUGUAUAGCAGCAGUCUUUCAGACAGGAACAGCUUCACUGGAAGCUGCUGGUUAUGCCAUAGUUGUGACCUUUGUAUUCGCCGGUUUCGCCAUCCCAUAUCCCAAUAUGCCAGUGUGGUUGAAGUGGGGAUUUUGGGUAAAUCCUGUAAGUUACGCUGAGAUUGGUCUCUCUGUGAACGAGUUUCUUGCUCCACGGUGGCAGCAAAUGCAACCGACAAAUCUUACCUUGGGGAGAACGAUACUGGAAAGCCGAGGACUGAACUAUGAUGAUUACAUGUAUUGGGUCUCAUUAGGUGCCUUGUUGGGUCUCACUCUUAUCUUCAACACCAUUUUCACUCUAGCUCUCAGUUUCUUGAAAUCUCCCACAUCAUCUCGUGCCAUGAUUUCUCAAGACAAGCUCUCUGAGCUGCAAGGAACAAAAGAUUUAUCAGUCAAGAAGAACAAGUCAAACGAAGAUUCAGGGAAGAUGGUCUUACCUUUUAAGCCUCUCACCAUAACAUUUCAAGACUUGAACUAUUACGUCGACCUCCCUGUGGAGAUGAGAGGUCAAGGGUACACUGAGAAGAAGUUGCAGCUUCUCUCAGGCAUCACUGGAGCCUUCAGGCCAGGCGUUUUAACGGCGUUGAUGGGAAUCAGCGGAGCCGGAAAAACAACUCUGCUCGACGUUCUCGCCGGAAGAAAAACAAGCGGUUACUUCGAAGGAGACAUCAGAAUCAGCGGAUACCGUAAAGUGCAAGAAACGUUCGCAAGAGUCUCAGGCUACUGCGAGCAAACGGAUAUACAUUCACCGAACAUUACAGUCGAAGAAUCCCUAAUUUACUCCGCUUGGCUACGCCUUGUUCCAGAAAUUGACCCCAAAACCAAAAUCAGAUUUGUGAAGCAAGUUCUUGAGACGAUUGAGCUGGAAGAGAUCAAGGACGCGAUGGUGGGAGUCGCGGGGGAAAGCGGACUGUCGACGGAGCAGAGGAAGCGGCUGACGGUGGCGGUGGAAUUGGUGGCGAAUCCGUCCAUCAUAUUCAUGGACGAACCAACGACGGGACUGGACGCUAGAGCAGCCGCCAUUGUAAUGAGAGCUGUGAAGAACGUCGCAGAGACUGGACGAACAAUCGUCUGCACUAUUCAUCAGCCCAGCAUCGACAUCUUUGAGGCCUUCGACGAGUUGGUACUGCUGAAGAGAGGAGGUCGCAUGAUUUACACUGGACCACUUGGACAACAUUCUUCUCAUGUCAUUCAGUAUUUUCAGAGUAUCCAUGGAGUUGCUAAGAUAAGAGACAACUACAAUCCAGCAACAUGGAUGCUAGAGGUCACUUCACAGUCUGUAGAGAUUGAACUUGACAUGGAUUUCGCGAAAAUCUACAACGCAUCCGAUCUUUACAAGAGCAACUCUGAGCUUGCUAAAGAUCUGAGCAAACCGGAACCAGGUUCAAGCGAUCUGCAUUUCGAGAGAACUUUUGCACAGAACUGGUGGGAACAGUUCAAAUCUUGUCUAUGGAAGAUGAGUCUGUCUUACUGGAGAAGCCCUUCUUACAACUUGACGCGAAUCCUCCACACUUUCAUCUCUUCUUUGCUUUUUGGUGUUCUCUUCUGGAAGCAAGGACAGAAGAUAGACACUCAACAGAACUUGUUCACAGUUCUUGGAGCGAUCUACGGUCUUGUCCUGUUCUUGGGGGUUAACAACUGUGCUUCAGCUUUACAGUAUUUUGACACAGAACACACUGUCAUGUACCGAGAAAGAUUCGCUGGAAUGUACUCUGCCUUCGCUUACGCGUUGGCUCAGGUUGUGACAGAGAUUCCAUACAUAUUCAUCCAGAGCGUAGAGUUUGUGAUCAUCAUAUACCCUAUGAUGGGUCUCUACGCGUCUCCUGCUAAGGUCUUUUGGUGUCUCUACUCAAUGUUCUGCAAUCUCCUCUGCUACAACUACCUCGCCUUGUUUCUCAUCUCCGUCACUCCAAGCUUCAUGAUCGCAGCUAUUCUCCAGUCGCUUUUCUUCGUCACUUUCAACCUCUUCGCCGGAUUCUUGAUCCCUCUAACUCAAAUACCAAAGUGGUGGGUCUGGUUAUACUAUCUGACACCGACUUCUUGGACGCUCAAUCUGUUUUUCACGUCUCAGUACGGAGAUAUUCAUCAGGAGAUCAACGCGUUUGGAGAAACCACGACGGUUGCGAGAUUCUUAGAGGACUACUACGGGUUUCAUCAUGACCGUUUGGUGGUUACAGCUAUUAUUCUCAUUGCGUUUCCUAUUGCAUUGGGUUCUAUGUUUGCUUUCUUUGUUGCCAAACUUAACUAUCAAAAACGAUGA